UACCACCCGGCCGUGGUCUCUGUUGCCACACACACUCACCCUAUAUAUAAACAUUUGUAUUGAAAUAUAAAUCCUAUCGCAUAUGUAGCAAAAUAGACAACUUUCAUAAGAGAUGCUCUUAUUACAACAUCACAAAUAUGCAUAGUACUACAAAAAGGUUUAUACAUUAGUGGAUCCAAGUAAGAUGAGAUCGAUGGAAGAGAGAAAAAAGUAAUUUUGUGUGUUUAUAAUUGGAUUUAUAUAUCAAAACUUGGCACCAUUGUUAUUUGCUAACCAAAUAAAUACAAUUUUUUUUUUUAAAAAAAAAAAUUGAUUGGUUGUUGGUGAUAGUGGGACCAUUUGAUACUUUUUAUGAAGUGUUACCAUGGAAGAUGCGAUCUUAUUAUAACUCAAUCUCACUUCUCUCUCUUAUAAAUAUAUCUCUAUACUUCACUAAACUUCUUCCCCUUCUUUACUUCAAUUUCUCUAAGCAACCAACUUAAAAUUCAUCUCUCUCUAGUUAUAAUCCCAUGGUUGUUAAUUCUCAUCUCCAUCUUCAAUUAACAUGCCUUCCUCCCACUUCUCCUCCCUCUCAAGGUUGAUUGGAAUACAGCGGGAGAGCUCAGGGUCGACUUCACACAGCGACGCCGAUGAAUUCAUCAACCCAAACUCAAGCACGGUGGAAUGCUACGCUUGUACUCAGGUGGGUCUACCAGCGUUCCACUCCACCAGCUGCGACCGCGCCAAUCAGUCUCAGUACUGGGAAGCCUCGGCUGGUUCAUCUUUGAUCCCAAUUCAAUCCCGAACCGACCUAAAAAACGACCUCCUUUUAGCCGCGGCUGCCGAAGCCAAGCGACGCCGACUUCCAACCGGCUCGUUCGGCCGCGUGCUCGACCCUCGAAGCAAGCGCGUGCAGAGAUGGAACCGCGCGGUCCUCUUGGCCCGAGGGAUGGCUCUUGCAGUGGACCCACUCUUUUUCUACUCGCUCUCUAUCGGGCGUGGUGGCACGCCCUGUCUGUACAUGGACGGCGGUUUGGCUGCGGUGGUUACCGUGCUACGCACGUGCUUAGACGCUGUUCAUCUCUGCCAUCUCUGGCUUCAAUUCCGGUUGGCUUACGUGUCGAGGGACUCGCUCGUGAUUGGGUGUGGAAAACUCGUGUGGGAUCCACGUGCCAUCGCUUCACACUACGUAAGAUCUCUUAAGGGGUUCUGGUUCGACGCCUUCGUUAUUCUCCCUGUUCCUCAGGCCGUGUUUUGGUUAAUACUACCAAAAUUAAUAAGGGAAGAGAAGAUUAAACUCAUAAUGACAAUACUUCUGCUGAUAUUCUUGUUCCAAUUCCUGCCUAAAGUCUAUCACAGCAUAUGUUUAAUGAGAAGAAUGCAAAAGGUCACGGGAUACAUAUUUGGCACAAUUUGGUGGGGUUUUGGUCUCAACCUCAUUGCUUAUUUCAUAGCCUCUCACGUUGCUGGAGGGUGUUGGUAUGUCCUUGCAAUACAACGUGUGGCUUCAUGUCUUCGCCAACAUUGUGACAGAAAUGUCAACUGUAACCUAUCAUUGUCUUGUAGAGAAGAAAUAUGUUACCAAUUUUUGCUGCCUGCCGGCACAGUAGGCAAUCCUUGCGUCGGUAACUCGACGACGAUUAUUAGAAAGCCGCUUUGUUUGGAUGUUAAUGGGACAUUCAACUAUGGGAUUUAUCAGUGGGCACUUCCAGUUAUAUCUAGUAAUUCUGUUGCUGUUAAGAUUCUCUAUCCCAUCUUUUGGGGAUUAAUGACACUCAGUACCUUUGGGAAUGAUCUUGAGCCCACAAGUAAUUGGCUGGAAGUGAUUUUCAGCAUUUGCAUUGUUCUAUCUGGAUUGCUCCUUUUCACAUUACUAAUAGGAAACAUCCAGGUGUUUUUGCAUGCUGUGAUGGCAAAGAAGAGAAAAAUGCAAAUAAGAUGUCGAGACAUGGAAUGGUGGAUGAAAAGAAGACAGUUGCCAUCUCGUCUUAGACAAAGAGUACGGCGUUUCGAACGACAGAGAUGGACAGCCUUGGGAGGAGAAGAUGAUAUGGAAUUGAUUAAAGAUUUACCAGAAGGUCUUAGGAGGGAUAUCAAACGUUAUUUAUGCCUUGAUCUCAUUAAAAAGGUUCCUCUGUUUAAUAACUUGGAUGAUCUUAUUCUUGACAACAUAUGUGAUCGAGUUAGACCUCUGGUGUUCACAAAAGAUGAAAAGAUAAUAAGAGAAGGAGACCCUGUGCCAAGAAUGAUAUUCCUUGUGAGGGGACGCAUAAAACGCACACAAAACCUAAGCAAAGGAUUAGUAGCGACCAGCGUGAUCGAGGCAGGGGGGUUCCUUGGGGACGAGCUUCUGUCGUGGUGUCUCCGAAGGCCUUUCGUGGAGCGCCUACCGGCCUCGUCGGCCACAUUCACAUGCGUCGAAUCGACAGAGGCUUUCGGCCUUAACUCGGAAGACCUGAAGUACAUCACAGAUCACUUUCGCUACAAAUUCGCCAACGAAAGACUUAAACGAACGGCUAGAUACUACUCUUCGAAUUGGCGAACAUGGGCUGCUGUGAAUAUACAGCUCGCAUGGUGUCGUUACAGGUUGAGGACAAGAGGUCCUGUGAUUCCUGAUAUCUCCCAUGAAGCUGAAAGUACUGAGCGUCGACUCAUGCAGUACGCUGCCAUGUUCAUGUCACUUAAACCCCACGAUCAUUUAGAAUAAAAAGAACAAAACAAUUUUUUUUUUUGAAAUUUUCUUAGUUAGAGUACUCAAAAUCAUGCUUUGUUCAAUAAAGUUUUUGGUAAUCUAGCUAUUUCUUGUUCACCAUGAAUUAUUGGUGUUCGAUCAUGUAAAAAAAGAACAAUAAAUGGUGUGGAGGGGGAAUCAAUGUUAUUAACAUUUGGAAUUUA